AUGAAGAUUCAAGGUUAUUUAUUCAUUGUGACUGGAGGUGCAAGUGGGUUAGGUGAACAUGUUGUUCGUUCUAUUGUAGAACAAGGUGGGUUUGUGUCUAUAUUGGAUAUCAAUAUGGAUCGAGGCAAGACUAUAGCUACUGAACUAGGGUCUCAAAAGUGUUUCUUUCCUGGUAUGACAGAUGUAACAAAUGAAGCACAUGUAGACCGUGCUCUUGCUGAUACCCUACAGCAUUUUAAUCAAGUCGUAUUGGCUGGUGCUAUUCUCUGUAGUGGUGUUGUCUAUCCACCUAAAUCCAUAGAAGGCUAUGGACCUGAUCAUGCAUUAACGAGUUACUCCCAAUUUGAACAUAUCAUCAAAAUCAAUCUGCUGGGUACCUAUUGUGUAGCACAGAAAGUAGCCAAUAUACUACUGAAUAAUACGCCUAUGAAUCAAGAUGGUGAAAGGGGCAUGAUCAUCACUGUAUCUUCUAUUCUUGGUCUAGAUGGUACGACUGUAGGCUAUGGUACUUCAAAGGCUGGUGUGGCUGGAUUGACAUUACCCAUGGCUAGAGAAUUAUCCAAGUUUGGUAUUCGUGUGAUGAGUAUUGCACCAGGUCCAUUUGAUACACCUAUUCUGGGUCGAUCCUCUGUUCAUGAUGUGGUGGCUCCAUUUUCUUUAUUUCCUCAUCGAUAUGGUGUACCUCAAGAAUUCACUGACUUAGUCAUGCAAAUCAUUCAUAAUCCUAUGCUGAAUGGUACUGUGAUUCGAUUGGACGGUGCUUUGAGAAGUUAAUCUCACAUGCUAUCGGACUUGAUAAGAUGACUAAUAAAAUAUCCACACAACUCCUUUUUCUUUUC